CCACUUCUUUCUCUAUUUGUCAUUUCUAUAUAUACAUAUAGUUAGUGUGUAGUAUUGGGUAAAACACGCAACACAACCACAGAGAGAUAAAUUCCUAAAACUUCAAGUCCUAAAUUUGUUCUCCUCCUGAUAAAUAAAUGACGGCCAGCAACGGUGGAGGAGAUGCAGUAACAGCAGAAGCAAGAGUUAUGGAGAUGAGGCCGAAGACCAAGAUCGUCUGUACUCUGGGACCUGCAUCAAGAUCUGUCCCUAUGAUCGAAAAACUCUUGAGGGCUGGCAUGAACGUCGCUCGCUUCAACUUCUCUCAUGGAUCUCAUGACUAUCAUCAAGAAACCCUUGAUAAUCUUAUGGCCGCCAUGGUCAAUACUGGCAUUCUCUGUGCUGUCAUGCUUGACACCAAGGGACCGGAGAUUCGUACUGGUUUCCUGAAGGAUGGGAAACCCAUCCAGCUCAAACAGGGUCAAGAAAUCACCAUAUCUACUGACUAUAGCUUAAAGGGUGAUGAGAAUAUGAUUUGCAUGAGCUAUAAAAAGUUGGCUGUGGACGUCAAACCUGGAAUGGUAAUACUUUGUGCAGAUGGCACAAUAUCAUUUACAGCAUUAUCCUGUGAUACAAAAGCUGGUUUGGUUCGAUGUCGCUGUGAGAAUUCUGCAACUCUUGGUGAGAGAAAAAAUGUUAAUCUCCCAGGAGUUAUAGUGGAUCUUCCAACCUUGACAGAGAAGGACAAGGAAGAUAUAUUGGCUUGGGGGGUUCCCAAUAAAAUUGAUAUGAUUGCUUUAUCUUUUGUUCGUAAAGGCUCAGACCUUGUGGAGGUUCGGAAGUUGCUUGGAGAGCAUUCCAAGAACAUCCUUCUGAUGUCCAAGGUUGAAAAUCAAGAAGGAGUGGCAAACUUUGAUGAUAUUUUAGCAAAUUCAGAUGCAUUUAUGGUGGCACGUGGUGACCUUGGAAUGGAAAUCCCAAUUGAAAAAAUUUUCCUUGCACAGAAAGUGAUGAUCUACAAGUGCAACAUUCAAGGAAAACCAGUUGUCACUGCAACACAGAUGUUGGAGUCCAUGAUCAAGUCCCCCCGCCCAACUAGAGCAGAAGCUACUGAUGUUGCCAAUGCAGUUCUUGAUGGUAGUGACUGUGUGAUGCUGAGUGGUGAAACAGCAGCUGGAGCUUAUCCAGAACUCGCUGUUCGGACCAUGGCCAAAAUAUGCAUAGAAGCUGAAAACACGCUUGAUUAUGGAGAUGUCUUUAAAAGAACUAUGGAACACUCACCUGUGCCCAUGAGCCCAUUGGAGAGUCUGGCCUCAUCUGCUGUUAGAACUGCCAAUUCAGUAAAAGCAUCUCUUAUACUGGUUUUAACCAGGGGAGGAAGUACUGCAAAACUGGUGGCUAAAUACAGACCGGGCAUACCCAUUUUGUCCGUGGUUGUCCCAGAGAUUCAGACUGAUUCCUUUGAUUGGUCAUGCAGUGAUGAAGCUCCUGCAAGGCAUAGCCUUAUAUUCCGUGGGUUGGUGCCGGUUUUAUAUGCAGGAUCUGCUAAAGCCUCAAAUGCUGAGACAACAGAAGAAGCUUUGGAUUUUUCCCUUCAACAUGCCAAGGGGAAGGGACUUUGCAGGACUGGGGAUCCCGUGGUGGCUCUGCACCGGGUUGGAACUGCAUCUGUCAUCAAGAUUAUAACAGUGAAGUGAUGACUGGGUACACUGACCUUUUGUUCUACUUUCAUUUUUUUUUUUUGGGGGGGAAAAGGAUGCUUUUAAUAAUGCUGGCUGGUUUCAUUUUUUCCUUUAUUUUUCCUCGGACCUUUUCUUUUCUAGGACUGAAAGAAACUCGAUUAUUAUUUAUGCUGUUUUGUUGAGCUCAUGGUAUGAAACUUGUAUCCUCGAGCUACAAUUUGGUUGCUAGAAGUUUUGAUCUUAUGGAACCCUGUUAUUUAUCUUGGCCAUGGAACCAAAUUGUUGUCA